AUGUCCGGACCAAAACUAAAUAAGGAACUAUACAAUAAUAUAGUUCUAUUAAAAUUACUAAACACUAAUUCGGUUCCUAAGUUUCAACUUGAACAGUCACCGUUUAAAGAUGAUGAUGAUGAUGAAAGCGAAUCAUCUGCUUCAGCGAACCAAAGAGAAGUCGUCGUUACGGGACGAAUUUUUCCCGAUUCAGAUAUAUAUAAUCAGGGCUCAUUUAUGAUCGAAAUGAAAAUAUUAAACUCAUUCCCUUUUGAUCCUCCUGAAGUACGAUUUCUUACGCCAAUUUAUCAUCCAUUGGUUGGACAAGAUGGAAAGUUUUGUAAUGAACUAUUACAAAAGCAUGCAAAAUGGAACAAUAAAAUAUCGCUGCCUGAUGUUGUUAAAGCUGUUGUAAAACAUAUCGACGACCCCAAUAUUGAUUAUGCACUUAGUGUUGAACUCGGCCGUGAAUACAAGGAAAAUCGACCUGAAUUCAAUCGUAAAGCUCUGGAAUAUGUCAAGAAACAUGCUUUACCUCGUAAAUAA